AUGGGAUCACCGAGCUUGAUUGUGACUUCAUAUUUUCUCCAGGGAAGUUGGGAAAAUUUUCAGUCAAUCGUUAGAAGUGUUCCUAAACCGAUAACCCCCAAUGAUAAUCAAUGGGAACAACUCUGGAAAUAUGAAGAAACCUUUUCCCCCCGCACAACAGGGAAACAGAAUCUUCGAAUUGUUAAGGGAUUCCAAACACACGAGAAUACUGCAGCUAUGACAAGAGAUGAGGUCAAUGAUUUACCCGUCUUGAAGAUAGCCGAUGUGGGCGUUGCCCUUGGUAGUGGCUCCGAUAUUGCCAUCGAGGCAGCAGACACGAUACGUUUCGAUGCGUUUUCAGCAAUUGCUAAGCAUAUAAAUAUGGGCGGGUGGUCAUUUAUUGGUGAUGAAUGUGCAACUUGCUUUAUCAUGGAAUUCUGCUACAUGGGGGCACGUUAUGCAACACCUCUUGCCCCCUUGAACGGUUGUCCUUGA